CUUGACAUCAUUGGGGUAUAUAUAUAUAUUUAGUAACAAUAUAUUUCACAUUUUAUGAGGCGGAGCCCUCUCGCUGAAAGGUAUUUAUUCUGGAACCGAGGCUGGCUUAAAUUAAGAAGUGGAAAAUGCCUCUGGGCCAUAGAAGGAAUGAGCCAGAGGAAGGGGUAAAACGCUAUUCUCCCAGAGCCUCACUUCGAACUACAUAUCCCGCCAUGCUUUGCCACUUGGUACGGUCCGUAGAAGGGGGAGAAGAGGAGGCUAGCGUUGGGGCAACCCAGGACGACAGAAAGCCGAGUCCCUGCGUUGCUGCAAGAGGGGUUCGUGGUGGGUUGUUGCGGAGAGGCGAGCCCCUUUCUGAAAUUCCCCUGUGGGUCGCUGCUGAUCUAUGGGGCUUCACCGCCCCCCUUGUGAGUUGGGUGGUUUGUCCUGAGCAGGUCGAUCCACUCCCGACCGAAGGGGGAGCAGAGGCUCCUGGCGGGGUGGUGGUGGUGGGGCUGGGAGCCCUGGCCGCCGGGUUGGGGGCGGCAGCUGGACCAGGGAGGGCCGGUGGAUGCUGGCGUGUCGGGGGAGCCCAGGAACGAGGUCUCCCCACACACACGGCGGGUGGGUGGUCUCGGGGCUGUUCAGAAUCGGGGGUGGGGGGCGCGAGAGAGAAAGGGGGGCGCACAACUGCCUGGCUGCGGGCCCCGCGAGGAGGUGCUGGAGCCGCCGCCGCUGCCGCCGCCUUCAGCUGGCGCGGUGGGUAUCGCGAAAGGUGGCAAAGGGGGGGGGGCUGCGGAGCUCGGGUGGGUGUAAUGCUGAAAUUUGUGGGGUGUGUGCGCGCGCGGUGGGGGAUUUUGGUGGUUCCAGGUGUGUGUGUGUGUGUUUAUGGGGUGGGGAUCUUGGGAGUCUCCGGCGAGGGAGGGGGGUUGUCUUUGUGAGGUGCCUUGGUUACAGUCGUCUCCUGUUGUCAUAAAAGAAAAAAGGGAAAAAAGGAACCCUGCAAGGCAGAGGUUGUUUUGUUUUGCUACGUUAUGGGCGCUUGCUUCACUGGAUUGGAUAACGUUGGGGUUUCGGCGGAAGAUGUGGGUUCAGGGGCUUGCCUGGGCGUGCAAGGGAGCGCGUGAAUCUAUGGGAAUUUGGGGUGGAAUGGAGGGCCUUGGUGGAGAAAGGGGGGGGAGUGGUUCCCUCCGCGGAGGCUGGGAUGGUUCUGCUUUGUUAGGUAUUGCGUCCCCUGUGGAUGCAUUCCUAAAACUAGGUUGACGGGACCCAUUCUUAAAAACAGCAGAAUCGCACUGCAUGGCACAAUCCUGUCAUGGAGUCUCGCGCUGUCUCCCUAUCGCACAGGCUCGAGGUUGCUUAAGGCCUGCUUGUGUUUGGGGUUUUUAAAAAAUAAUUAGAUCGCUAUAUAAACGAAGGAAUCAAGUCUUGGGCGCAUCAUGUAGGACUGGAGGAGGGGAAGCAGCUGCAAUGAAAACCCAACACUUUGCUAAGCUGUUGGAAAUUUUUCUACACUAGUUUUAAGGUGUCUGGUAAUGGGGCUUGGUGGAUCAGUGUUUUCUAAAGGCUUGUGGCCUGAAGCUAUUAGAAUAAGUAGGCGUGGAGGAAGAUGCAUAGCAAAGUAUUAUAACUAAUUGCCUGAGGACAAUACAUGAAGGAUAAAAAUAAUUCUAGCACGUCCUUUACAGUGAAAAACAGCCACAAGAUUUUGGGCACAUCCUAGGAGACUUGUUCUUAGUUAUUCUUGCAGACCUCUUCCACCCUAUCCUUGAGGCCCAGGGUGGAUUACAGUUCAUCUUUUUAUCUUUUCUCAUCACAACAGUCCUGCAGUUAGGUUGUUACUGAAAGAUACUGACUUAUCCAAGGCCACCCAGUAGGCUUCAUGACUGAGCAGGGGCUUGAACUUCCGUCUUUCAGAUGCAAAUCUUUUGCAUGCUAUCAGCUGCUAAAUUAACCAGGAUUAACGUGGGGAAAGAAAUUGUUCCUGGCAGAAGCUCUCUAGAACAGAGUCUAUGGAGUAUUUUAAGUUCAGAGAAAGUUAUGAGGAGCCUUCAAUGUAUGCAGUGUAUGCCAGGGGAAAUAUUAAUUGUUGACCAAGUUACUUGUGUAAAUUGAAGUGCCAGAAUUAAGCUAUUUCUCUGUGUGCAGUGUGGUCCUAUGCAUAUUCACUUAAUCCUUAGCAAAAAUGCAUAGGACUGCAUCCUUACUAGACUUAUGGUCAGAAAGUGCUCUGGCAUCUGUAAAAAGCAGCAGAGGUAAAAGUACACCCCGCCUUAUCAAGAACAUAUAGAAAAUAAUAUUGUGAAGUUUUGAAAAUGUAUUUGUUAUUUUGCUUGGAGAGCACCACUGGAGUAUAUUUUAGAUUACUGAGUUCCAUAAGCAAAAAUGUAGAUAGGCCUCAGCUCCUGCCCUGAGGAAUCUUGCAGUGUGGAACAGAUAAUGGGGAGGACAAUAACUGAUGAAGAGGCAGAGACAGGACUAGAAAUGGAUGAAUGUGUGUGAGCAGCUUGGUAAAUCCAUGGAGCCUCGCUCUUUCCCCCAAUUAUUGUAAAUUGUGUUUUAAUGCUUAAUGUAUGAUUUCAGAAAGGGUAGAGUGGAAGACAAAGGUGCAGCAAGGAGGCCCUAGAGAGGCAAUUUUAAAAUGAACUUCUAUUUUGAGGUAACAAAGAAGGGAUGUAAUACAGUACUUAGAAAAACUAACAUUUUCAAGGAAGCAAGCCACCUGCCUUUUCUCAGCUUGGUUCUUUCUGGACUAAACUAAGAAAUGGACUGCCAGUUCCUUUCACCUGAAACAAAUACAGCAUAGUUUUUGGUGAACUACCCCCCCCCCCCAGCAAGUCCAUCUUGUUGAAUUAAUCCUUUUCACACAUCGUCUUUGGAGUCCUCUUUUCUCUUUGGUUUUAGGACUAGUUAGUUCUCCUAGUAUUUUUGGGAAAAGUAAGAGUCAUUUGUAUGUGUUUGUGUGUAUGUAUAAAUAUGCAUUGAGACUGCAAUCCUAUACCCACAUAACUGAGUGUAAACCCCUUUGAACUAAGUGGGAAUUACCACACUGUGAAGAUUGUAACCACUUAUACUGUAAUCCUAUACAUAUCCAGAAGUAAUUUGGACAGUUUAAUGAGUUACUUCCAGCUAAAGUGUGUGUAGAAUUUCAGUCUUCACAUACCAAAAAGUGCUAUAUAAAUUGGUAUGCAUAUUAAUUUGCCUUUCCUAGAUGAUGAAUGAACAUCAUAAGUAGCCUUGGUUGUAGUCAACAUUAGUCAUACUCAAAACUUAAGUGCAUUAACUUCAGUGGGUCAGCUCUCUGUAGAACUUAUUAGGCUGUAACCUCUUAUCUUUGUUGCCUUAUUUUACUCUAUAGUAGAGCUUCUGGGCUGCUGAUCUUGGUUUUGUAAAGCACAUUGUGACAGUGUUUAGGAGAGGUAUAAGUAUUAACUUGCACAGAAUAAGAGGUGUUCGGUGAAAUACCGUAGUUAAUUUGCCUUAUCUGUUUCUAGUAAGCUAUUUACAAUACAGCCAUCACUUCAGCAUUCUGAGAUAAGUUAGCAAAGCUUGAACAUUAGGGAUUGGUUAUCCACAUCAAGAGGGAAAGUUCAUGCUGGGAGAAAGGUGGCAGUGGCAAAUGAUCAAGCUUGCUCAGAGUAGAUGUUGACUUUUAAUGUACUGAGCGCUGAUAAUGAGAGAUUAAAUUAGGUAGGCUUUGCAUCUGAUUUAGAUUUUGCUCACAGUACUAAGCUCACAAUACUAAGUUCUGUUUCCUUAUUAUGGAACAUUGCAUGUUUUACUACAAUACAUCUAAGAAUCCCAGACACUAGCCUUUAAGUAUUGUAGAUAAUUUGAAGAAUAAGGUAAGGCAUCAAUUUAUUCAAGGAACCAGAAGGAAAAACUGAGGAUGGAGUCCUGACUCUUUGUACUACAGAAAUAAGGUAUCACAUGGUUGGGGCUUUCUGAGAGUGCUGAAAUAAAAUCAACAUGCAGGGGAAAAAAGUUGGACAGCCAGUGUGAUGAUAUAGUCUCCUUGGCUUAAGUUAUAGAGUUCGAAUUAGAUCUGCACACCAAGAAGCUCACUAGCUGACAUUUGGUCCAUCACUAUCUUGCUGCUUUCACCUACCUCACUGGGUAGGUCUGAGGAUAAAAUAGAGUAGGGGGAACAGACCCUAUAUGCUGCUUGGUGUUCCUGGUAUCAAAAGCAGGGUAAAGAUGUAAUGUUUUAAAAUAUGAUGCUAGCUAUGGAGGCUGGGAGCCUUAUGUAUAGGCUUAAGCUUGUUUAACUUGUGUCUUGGUCAUAUACAGUGGUACCUCGGGUUAAGUACUUAAUUCGUUCCGGAGGUCCGUUCUUAACCUGAAACUGUUCUUAACCUGAAGCACCGCUUUAGCUAAUGGGGCCUCCUGCUGCUGCUGCGCUGCCGGAGCACAAUUUCUGUUCUCAUCCUGAAGCAAAGUUCUUAACCUGAGGCACUAUUUCUGGGUUAGCGGAGUCUGUAACCUGAAGCGUAUGUAACCUGAGGUACCACUGUACAUAUAUUGCACACAUAUGCAUGUUUGCUUUUGAACAGCAGCUCUGGAGAGAGUAGGGUGGUUGUAUGAGAUGAUAUAAUAUGCCUUCCUUAAUUAAUGUCUGUCUUUUGCAGGAUUCCUGAGUAUGAGAAUGGAGUAUGGCUAGCAUGUAUGAAGACAACAACUUAGCAGAUGUGAUGGUGAUGCUUGAAUGCGGCUGGACUUGCUGAGGGAGGCGAAAGGGUGGCAGGUGGCAGGAGCUGGAGUCUCUCAAGGGUUCUGGUGCCUGGCCUCUGUAAGAAGCCAUGAUCACCUUGAUAACUGAACAGCUACAGAAACAAAGCCUGGAGGAAUUGAAAUGCACAUCCUUCAGCAUCAGCCUGGUAAGAUUUGCCCUGCCUUGCCUUGCAUCUUUAUAAUUUUCAAAUUGGUUGAAGAAAUACUGUUUGCUUUUAUCUUGAACCAUAGUGCCAGAUUCAACUAACUUGUUCUGUUAGUGGAAACCAAUUCAAGAACUCCUGCCAGUGCAGUGAGGCUCCCCUUCCCCCAUGCUUCUUCCAAAUCCACUUUGGAGGUUGGGAGAACCCCCAGAACAGUACAUGGGGUGGAAGAGAGGGAAGAUUGUUCUGCUGGGCAAGCAAAAAUGCUUGCAUUGGUGGAAUGAUUUCCUCAGUGACCUUGAAUUCACCCGUUGCCUCAUUUUAAUAGAUGAAAGAUUGGGAGAGAUUGCUACGCUGUGAUUCAAGCUGCUGCUGCUGCCGCCUAUGACCAGGAGUCAAAUAACUAAUUCUGAUUGCCUAAGUAUACUUUGGGUCUUCCCUGCCCACAACAGUCUUCUGCCCAUACUGCAUGCCAAACUGCUUUUGAAAGUGAGGGGAGGUUCCAACAGAGCUUUUGAUAUGGCAUGAGGAUCUGCUAUUCAAAGACUGAUUUUAUUAAAUCUGUUGGGCUAGUACAAGCACUUUGUGACAGUCUAAGCCGGGGUAACCAACAUAGUCUCCCCCAGAUCUUCUUGAACAACAGCUCCCAUUAUCCCUGAUCAUUGACUAUGUUGGCAAGGGUGAAUGGGAGUUGUAGUCCCAACAGCAUUAAUUUUGUGGUGAACCAGCAGCCUGCUAUAUUGUCUUUGGAGAGAGGGGUGUUCUGCAGAGCUAGCACUGCCAGUAGUACAUAUAUUUUGUUUAGUGCCCUUCCGCCAAUCACCCUUACAGAUUUUCUGUUUCGAUCUUUACCCUGGCAAAGCUAAAACCAGCCCUUAGGAACACGACUAACACUUCUACAAUAAGUAAGAACACUUAUUCUGGGCACCUCUUGUUAUGGCCAUGGUUGUGACCCAUGAAAAGGCUUAUAUUCCCCACCCCCACUCCCAAGUUUCCUUGCUUCUCCAUGGCCAGAGGAGAUUUGGAAUUUUUAAAAAAGUUCUUAAGCAGAUGAACAGAUGAGUAAGUAUUUAUGCAAAUAUGAAUGUGGUGUGUUGGGGUAGACAUCUCAAAGUGAGGGUUCUGCUUCUUUCAGCAGUACCCUGGCAUUCAAGAACAUCAUCUUUUCCUUAGCAGUAAAACCGAGUAGACCAAAAGCUGCUUCUAUUCUCCUCAAAGUCAAUUUCACCAUUCCAGUGAUGUGUUUGGGGUUAAAGAAAAGGGCUGUGAUUUUACACUUAUAAGAAUUGAUAAAAAUAAGGAUAAUUGCUUCCUUCCCCCUCUUACCCAUUACUUUUCUACAAUUGUUGAGCUACUGUUGCUGAGUUGGAGUUAUUGCCAUGGUAGUAGCUAGUAGGCAGUCUUUCCUCUCAGAGAUUAUUAUCUAUACACUGUUUAAGAAGAGAGAUUCCAUUCUGCGUUUACAUGUAACUAACCUAUGGAACUGAUCUCCACAUGAUAAUGUCUAUGAAGGUAAAUUGGUAGGCUGUCAUUGGCUAAUAGUUUCAUUAGGCAGGAGUGAAGUCUCCAUAUUUAUAGAGAUGUUACAGUAGAACUGAGUACCUGACACCAAGUACCUUAAGGGGAAGAUACUGCUUUUGGCAUGAUCUGUGUGUUCACCACACCUGGUUUGGGACUUUAAAGGUAAUUGCUGGGACUUUAAAUUGAGCCCAUAAAUGCACUAUUAAUCAGUGUAACUGGUGCAAUAUAGUUGUUGCUUGCUCUAACCACCUGACCUUCAUCAAUACUUGGGCAGUUGCAUUUUGCACCAUUUGAAGUUUCUAAACUGCCUUUAAAGGCAGCCUAAUCUAGAGUGUAUUACAGUAGUCCAGCGUGCAACCUUCUGAAUUUCAUACUUCAGGGUGAGUGCAACCCUGUUAAAUUCUCCAUCCAGAUUAUUCAGGUUCCUCACUCUCAUCUAGCCCACAAUUGCCUCCAGAUAUUGCCUCAGGAGUUUAGUAGUUCUAAACGUGGCUUUUUAAAUAGUGGCCUCAACGUGGCCUAUUUCAAGGUAGCAGUGACCACAGUAUUCCCUGAUAAAGGUGUUAAUCACCUCCAAGGUUCAGAUUGCAUAGCCAAGCCUUGGCAAAUUUCACUAGCUAAAAUGGGCAAGGGUUAAGGGAAUAUGUGGUGGGCCUCAACUCUCCAAGCAGCUUGUAUAUGUCUUCAGUUUGGUGCGAGGUGGUGAUAAUCAUAGUAUGACUCUCAUAGAGGCUCAUAGUCUUGGACUCUAUCACAGUUAUUACACCCAAGUUGGCACAGGUGCAAGUUACUUUAUCUACAAAAUAAGCAGCAGACUCAGCCUCUAGAUCUUGCAUCACUGAGCCUCCACUGAGUAGUCUGCUCACCACCAGAAACAGCUGUGGUGGAUGAUGUUGAACAAAUGUAGUGGUGGCAGAGAAGUAAAUUAACUCUCACUUGUGUUUGGUCAUAUUUGUUGAAUGUUUUCUGUCACUUACACGCUAAUUGUUGGUUCAGAUGAUUCAUCACCAUUAGCUUCUUGGAAUACCACAGAGCUGACAUGCUUCUACGAUCAGGUCAAGGAUAUUUGGGAGCUAUCCCAUCAAUUGCCAUUGUUAUUUCCUCAUUCCAAGCAGAUACCAGAGCCUUGGCAGGACCAUCAGCUAGACCUUUAAGAAAAUCUCCAGUGAUGACAGAAAACCAUUGAAAUUAAUCAGGUUCUGUGGAGAUUACAGACAGCCUGAAUGUCAAAUGUGAUCAUGUAAUGAAGCGGCCAACACAACAGAACCAAGAACGACUCCCUCACCUGCAGAUGUUUCCCUCUUUGUUUUGUACAGAAGACUAGCUUCCAAAUUUGUCAUCCUACGUGUGUUGAAUCAGCCUCAAUUAGGUUUGGUGGGGUUAUUAAAGUUCCCCCAAACCAUAAACUGUGCAGUUCUCAAUGCCACACUGACCACCUCUGUCAGCUCAAACGGGGAGAGUGUCGGGCAGCUAGGUGUCUGGUACACGGACAGAAUCCCAGUUUGUUAUUGGGUCUUCAGUACCAGAUGUAGACAUUCAACUCCGGCCAACUUUUCCCAUCCCAAAUUGAACUUUGUGCUGUACUGCGAAGUUUGGUUGGACAUAUUUGGGAGAUGGUAACUCUCCUCCCCUCACCCGGUCAGAUUUUGGUGAUGCAAGCCAAGUUGCAUAUAUGGCACGCCUUGUCAUUUAGUGUUCAGAAGGUUACUGUUUAAUGCUAGAAGAGUAAGAGACUUGGGACCCCAUCAUGCAAUUAGGUGCUACAGUAAAGUGAUUUGUGAGUAGUGCACCAAGUUAUACCUUUUCCACAGGGGCCUUUACUUCCUGGGUGCUCACCUGGAGUUGUUGAGCAACAUGUUUUAUCCUCAGAACAAUCCUAUGAGGUAGGUUAGGCUAAGAGAAAGUGACUGACUCAAGAUCACCCAGUGAGCUUCAUGACUAAGUGGGGGUUUGAAUCCUGGUCUCUCUAGUCCAGUACUCUAACCACUACAUCACAUUGCCUAUCUGGUGUUUUCAAGGGGCUUAUCAAAAUUACCCACAUAUUGAUUUUUCUUUCUUUGAGACCAAGAGAAUUGGUGGGGUUUUUUUGUUUUUUCCAUGCUAGUUCCAUAAUUUCCUGUUUUCAAGGACAAGUGAGGGACAGGUAUGGUCUGAAGUUAUUGCUACAGAUGACUACAGAUAUGCCUCAGAUUAGCAUUAUAUCUGUUGCUGCUCUGAACAGGUAAAGGUCAAAGGCUCGUUUGCCAUUGAAUGACUGAGGGUAAAGGUCACUCCUUUGGAAGGUGAUUUAUUUAUUUACUUACUGAAUUUCUAUGCAGCCCUUCAUCUGAGGAUCACAGUUUGGUUUACAAUACAUCACAGGGCAGUGAUGGAAAGAGUAAGAGUAUUGGGGAGGAAUCAAGAAGAUACUGGUGUAUUUCUUUGCUUUAUAGAAUAUUACUCAAGCAUUCUGCUACGCUGGGAGCUUGCCUUUUUUUUACUAUUACCUCUAAAUCCCAUAUUAUUUUCUUCUUUUUAGCAUGUUACUGUUUGAGGACUGUGGAAUACCACUCACAAGGGAAACUGACCCACCAGUUUCUCGCUCAUGUGCAUGUGUUCUAUCGUCCUUGUUUUCCAAUCACCCCAGCCCUUAUUAAAUGUAAAGCGUUUCCCAGUGCACUUUCUCCAUAUUUUUUCUUAAUGGGGAUAAGAUAAACUGUACCAAGGGAUCCUCUCUUUAACCUAUCCCUAUCUAAGGAGAGUUGGCCUGACUUGGAAAAUGAAAGGGAAUGUGCUGCUGUAGCAAAAAUUAAUUAAAAAGAGAAUGACAUGGUGGAAUAUGAAGCAUGUGUUUCCUGAUUUAUCUUGGAUCUGGAGCCCAUGGAAAUAAGUUUUUUUGCUUCAAAAUGAGUUAAAGAUGUACUAAUCUGUUGCCUAGAAAGAUUGCUCAGAAGAAAAGUUAAAACUGCACAAAGUUGCUGCGGUUGCAACCAGUUACAGAACUUGACUUUUCUGCAACAUUGAGGUGUGGACUUCUAAGAAUGGGAUGUGUGGCCUAAUGAAGCUUUUGCAGGGGAAGGCACAGUCCAAAAGCAUAAUGAUGUUUGUGUAGAGGAAGCUCUGUAGCAGAGAGUCAAUGGUUUGGAGAACAAAGGGACUUCAGCCUUUCAAGUUUUAAACAUGGAUAAUGUGCAGAGGCAUUUUACUCUAUUGACAUUUGGAAACAACCCAUGGAGGCAAAGAUGACAAGAAUUAAUCCUGCCGUAACUCUUUCCUGUGGUGUUUUGUUAGGUAUUUUUAAUGGGUUAUUGUCAAGCAAGAGAUUUGGGAAGAUUGCUCAUUGCUUUAGGUAGAAGUGGUGCAUCUUAAUUUAUGGUGGCCUGUGGUAUUUAGUGUCUGGUUCUCCUUAGAUUAAGGGAGCUGACAUACAGACAAAUAAAUACUACAUUGUCCUUGUCUCAGAGGGCUUCCAGUCACCAAAGAACAGUGAAAUGAUGGAAUGAAAGAGGAAAAUAGUGGUAAGUGCAAAUUUAGAUUAUUUCUGUGGCCAUAAUCUUAAACAUUAAUUUCUUGGUGUGUCUUCUCACAUUCUUUCUAAUAAGAGUGAAGUAUCCUCGGGCUUUUGAUACUGAAUAGUUUAGGCAUGGUAUAAAGGGAGCAGUUUAAAUCUGUGAAGAACAGGCAUAAGCAAACUCCAGCCUUCCAGAUGUUUGGGACUACAAUUCCCAUCAUCCCUAGCUAACAGGACCAGUGGUCAGGGAUGAUGGGAAUUGUAGUCCCAAACAUCUGGAGGGCCGGAGUUUGCCUAUGCCUGGUGUAGAACCUCUGUAGCAUAGUAGCUUGUGGAUGACUGUAAGAGCAGCACCAUGGAAAGGACUGGUAGUUAAGCUUGAGCAAAUCAGAGUUUCCAUUUGGUUAUUUUGCCCCUCUGAACUUUGAUUUCAACAUUCAGAUUAAAGCAAGUUUUGGAAGCUUUCCUUGGGGAAAGCUUGAAGAUUUGCUACUAAUAAUGGCUGGGGGGGGGGUCAUAGGAUCCAAGGAAUUCAGAUAGGUCCAGGAGUGGGAGACCUGUGGUCCUCCAGAUGUUGCUGGACUCCACCUUGUAUCAACCCUAGCCAGUAUGAGUAAUGGUGGGAAGUGAAUGGCAUCAUGGUCCACCAAUAUCUGAAGAGCCACAGGUUCUCCAAUCCUGAGAUACAGCAAGAUAUCUGAAUGUUGGUAGAAUCCCACAGCUGGUACCACUCUUCUGUUGUAGGCCACAUGUUGGGAAUUAGAGAUCCAGAGGUGCUUAUGAGAUGCUGGUCCUUGCUGUGAUGUGGUGACUCCUUGUGUUUCCUCCCUAGCCUUUGCCUGAUCAUGCUGAUGUGGCCAGCUGUGGCAGCCCCUUCCAGAUAGCGCCUGGUAAGAGCGUCUGGCUGGACUUCCACCUUUUGUGCCUACAUCCAUUUCUCUUUUGUCUGUCCUUUUUAUCGUCUGAUGUCCUUUAUAUGCAGCUCACAGUUAAUAAGAUUAGCUUGCUUUCCAGGUCUCCUAGAGCUCAUGUAUUUUGUGAUACCAUCUCCACUUUUAAGUGAAAGCUUGGUGCAAAUAAAGGGCCAGCUGUGGUUUAGUUUUAAUAACAAGAAUUCAACAGAGUUAAAUGCAGGAGGAUAUCCCAAUAAAUAACAGGAAUGGCUGUUUUCAGUAAAGAAAUGUCAUUAUGCUUCUGACGAAUGGAAGGAAAGAUCCAAUGAAGAAGUGGUGUUCUAUUUAGUAGUUUUAAAAAUUAAUCCUGCUAAUACUCCCAUUUCAUUUUUCUGUCUUUGAACUGGCAACCAUCACCAUUUUAUCUAAGAUGUUGCAAACCACUAAGAUUCUUUUAUCUAAGAUAUAAAUUGUCAAAACAAUCAAAUCUAAUACAGCUUAAUAUUGCUAUAUGCAUACUGGGUGCUGCCUGUGUUAAAAAGUUAUUUAUUUACUUAUUUUAAAAUGUAUAUACCGCUUGAUCAAAGCAGUUUACGUAUGUGGCCAAGUACCACCACUGGUCAUGUAAACACUUCAGGAUAUAUAGCGCUAAUAAUUAACUCUUGAUACAAACUACGUUGUAGCAUAGUUACAUUGGCAGUAUAUGUAUAUACUGAUAAAUACUCUGAUAAAUAACUUGAUUUUGGCACUUGAAUUAUAGAUGUGCUUGAUUAUGCAUGGAGGAAGAAUGGAUGCCAGGUGGAUAAGAGAAUAAAACCCAUAGUCUUAAUUUAAAAAAACAAACUAGCUGCUGUCUUCAUCAGUUCUGUUGACUCUUACUGCAAUUGGCCCAUAUAGAAUUUUGGUACGUAAUUAAUCUCAGCUGUAUGUCAUAAAACUGUAAGCUAUCAAAGUGUAUUCCUGGAUCCUUUGUAGCUCUUAAAAUAAAGAACUGUGUUUCCGAUCAAUGUAGGAAACCUACAUUGUACAAUCAGUGUACUGAGCCUUAAGUAGAAUAGCUUCUAGUCACUUAUUUUAAAAUAGCAUUUUUGUUUGCAGCACGUUUUCUUUGCAAGGCACAUUAAAGAAAGUGUGUGUUCCCUGCCAAAGUGAGUCAUUCCUGUGACUGUUCUGGUCACUUGUACUAGAACCAUAUUGUACAGCAAUCUGACUGUGACUCCUUUGUAGGCUUAGAAUUAGAAUAUUUUCCACAUAAUAAUGACUUUGUGGGUGUUGGUGGCGAGUGUGUUUUCUUGGUUCAGCUAUAGCAUGAUGGGCCAUUUUAUUUAUCUGAUUUAUUUAUUACAGAAGUUCCCACCUUAUCCUUUAAGCAAGUUUCCAGACUGGCUUACAAAACAAAGUACCUUGGCUUUAAACUUGUUAGCUUAUACCUGCUUGAUACGGGAUAAUAAUAGGCUGUCAGGAUUUUCAGCUGGAUAACCUGAAUUAAAAGAGCUUUAUCUUCUGCAUAAUAAUUGCUCUAAUGGAAUGUCUGAAGAAGGCCAUUUCAGAGGCUACAGACUUCUAACAUAUGUAUCGUGGCAUAAGUCUACUUCAGCUGCAUCAAGUGGAGGAUGAAGAUUUAAAUACACAUGCACACACACACACAGUGGCGUAGCGUGGGGGGUGUAGGGGGGGCCGGCCGCACCGGGCGCAACAUCUGGGGGUUAGGGUUAGGGGGCGCAAAUUACUUGCCUUGCCCCGGGUGCUGACAACCCACGCUACGCCACUGCACACACACACAGGGAGAUCUGCCUCAAUGAGGUACAAUUGGUUUCAAUAAAAGGUACUGCUCACCUGUAGAUAUUGGGAGUCCUAAUGGACCAGCAUGGUUAUCUUUGCUUUUUGUUCUACACAAUAUAUUGGCACGCUGUAUCCUAAAACUUGAUGCCAUGAUAAAUUUGUUGGUAUUUAAGAUUCAACAGGACUCCAUAUUGCUGCUACAGACUAGUAUGGUUAUGCUUUUGGAGCUCAGAUUGGCUAUGUGAGUGACUUCGUGUAGGAUUUACAGAAUAUUUAAACUUCUUUCUGUCUUGUUGGAAAGCAUGGUUUGUGUUUCUCAAGGUUCCUGUCGUGUCUGCUCCUUUCUCUUCUUUGUGCAGCAUGUUUGGUUCUAGCUUUUGCAUAUUAGUCCUCUUAUUUCAGUUUGCAAUCAGUAUUAUUUUGAAUGAAAUGAGCCAUAUUAGCUCCUUGUUGUUUAAAAAAACACCACCUUCUAUAUAUAGGCAACUUAGGGUUUCUUCUCUGGAUUUACUUCAAGACAGCUUGGAUUUUGACUUGGAGGCUAACUCAUUUGAUUAUUGUUGCUACCAGCUUUGACCACCUCUAAGAGACAAAUGAGUCUCAUAAGAACGAUGUCAUUAAAUGAACACAGCCUUUCUGGAGGGACUGCAGUUGUGAAACACAGGACUGCUUCUUGCUUUUCUUAAGGCGUGACUAAGAAGGGAAGUGGCUGGAAGAUCUUACUAUGUGCUGAUGUUGGAGAGAGAAAUAUUCCAGCUAUUUUAUUAUAUGUGUGUUAAAUAUGAAUGGGGGUGGGGCUGUGGACAUGAAAAGCACCCCAAAUUCAUCAGUUGUACUAAACAUGGAAGAACUUGGAAAAAAGCAGGAAUUGUUUUCUCCAACUGUUCUUCAGUUUGAAUUAAAUUCCUUUAAUUGGUUCCCACAGUUGAACUGCCCCAACUGUAGUAAUCAAACAAUGAAUAAAUUGUAGAUUCUUUUAAGGUAGGAUAUCUUAAUCUGGCUCCCCGCCAACAUCUUGCUCCAGCUGUAACAGGGGUGUAAGUAUUAAAUAAAAUUUAUGUUGUCCCUCACUCGUUUUACUCACUUUCUCUGAUCCACAAGUGCCUCCUAUCUAACACUGAAAGAAGAGAAUUGCUUCUUCAAUGUGAAGACCUCAUGCAUCACAGGAGAAGGGGAACCAGGGGCAUCAUAAUCAGGGAACUAAGGGGAGCAAAUGGGGAAUGUUUUCCUGGAGAACAUUUCCCUAUCUUGUUGUCAUUGUGGGUUCCUUCUUAAUUGAGAGUGAUGCACAACAAAGAUGAUCAGACCAGAUCUUAAAUCUUAAUCAGGUAUAGUAGAAUAGUUAGGGCCGUUUCUGAUCUAACAAUUGCUUGGAAUGGUUGUUUGUUCUACAACUGUUGUUGUAGAAGGUUCUGAAACUUUGUAUGUGUGAUGGUGCUAAUAAAAAGUAAAAAUAAGGCAACAAAGGGUGCUGAUUGCUCACAUAUCAAAUGAUAAAUUGGCUAUCUGGCUUGUGGCGCUAAUUAGAGCCUUCAUCUUUAAAAUUCUGUCUUGUGAUAUUUCUUGCAGAGGGAACUUCAUGGAGGGACCUAGCUCCCUGUCCAAAGAUCCAUCUUCAGGACAGCACAGGUCUUUACCAACACUCCAGCUUGAGCCUUCCCCUGCCCCCCUGCAGCUCAGACAACCGUCCUCAGAACAGCCUCACAUCCCAAACACUGGCCACCAACUCAGUAGUCUCAGAAAAGGCUUCUGUGCCCCCCACCAAAAGACACUGCCGUUCACUAUCAGUGCCUGAAGACCUCUCCCGUUGGCAGGCUGUCUGGAGGCCCCUGGGCUCCAAAGUCUGGACGCACGUCAAACGCCGGGACAACAGUGGAGGGGACACUUUGGCAGUACAAGCCCAGAACCUGGCCCAGGGAGCCAACAGACCUUGCUUCAACCCUGCCCCCAGUGCCUCUCACCAGUGUGUUCAAGAUGGUGCUGGUGGUAGCGGCGGCGGCGGCAGGAGCCCCCCUUUCUUCAGCCUGGCCCUAUCCCGAGAAUCGCCAGCAAGCACAUCAUGGGAGACUGGAGAGACUUUGCAGCCCUACCCUCUGCAACGACGUUUCUCCCUGUCACCUGUCAGAUUCCUUCCCUCCCCGCGAAGCUCCACCACCUCCACUCCAGAGUUGCUUCGACACCAGCACAGCCUCCCUCGCAGCCGCUCACAACCAUGUGACUUGGACACCAGGAAAUCUGGUCUCAAGCGGCGCCACGAUGAGGAUGUGAGGUGGCAUAGGCCCUCGCUUGAUUUCUACAAGAUGAACCAGGUAGGGAAGGAAGCAAGCAAGCAAGCACUGUUCCCAUCUGAGUGCCUUAAGGAUACAUAUGAAAGGGAAAAUGUCGGGGUGCAGUGAGAUUAAAAGGGUAAUCUACUGAAGUAAAGAACAGAAUUUGGCUAUGUCACAAAAAAAUAGCACACACACAGAGCUUCUCUUGCCUAUGUCCUUAACCUCUGACAACAAUUUGCUGUUAUGAGAUAGUUGAGAUUAGAUUACAAGCACUGGGCAAGGGGGAGAGCUGGGAGCCACACCAAGAUUUCUCUGACUGAUGCCAACGAAACAUGUUACUCCGUGUUUAUUUAUUGGUAAUGUUGGGUCGGGUGCUGCACAAAAUACAGAAGUGAUAAUAGACCCUGCUCCAUGGGCUCCUCCAUUUACAUUACCGGUUUCCAGCUGAAACUACUGUUGUUUUAUGUCCCAAUUGCUACAGAGUUCACAUUUGACCAGCAGUAAUUGGUUGUUCAAUUAUUGCUGGAAGAUCCAGCAACCAUUCCAUGUUUUUUUCAGAUUCGAAACAUAGAGUUAGGGCAGAAAUGUUUGGGUAGAGCACCCAUUCCUAUUACAGCAUCCUCCAUACGCAGUGUGGGGUAUUCAGUUAUGGCCACUGCUUUCCCACUCCCUCUGCCAUGGGCAAAGCAAAUAUGAACACUGGUAGCUUAAUUACUGUAUUAUUAAAGUACAGUUUAAACACCAUUCAGGACUUUAGCCCCAUUAACUUCAACAGUAGUCUACUAUGGUCUGAGAAGACAUAGAUUAAAUUAAUAAUUAUAUUGUGGGGAAAGUAAGGUGGCUACCAGAAAUACAUAUGUGAAGCUAGUGCUUCAGGAAGGCUUUGUUAGAAUAGCAUUGCCUGUCUCACACUCAUCAGCUUAGGUCAGCAAUGAGAGCAGUUAGUUUUUGAAAAUUCAAGUCUGUGUCCCAUCUGCUCAGAUCCAUAGCCAACGGUGAGCCUUCAGAAGCUCGCGUCAUCUUCAGUUUAUUAUUUGUUUAUGACAAUUAUUUAUGUCCUGCCUUUCAGGAUACAAAUAACUUCCAAGGCAGCUUUCACAAGAAACAUUAAACUACAUUAAAAAAAAAAAUACAGUGCUAACAACAUAAGGAUCCUUUGCAUGUGGUAGUAGAUGGCACUGCAGGUGGGGCCCUGCAUUGUGCAGCCUGGAACAGGCUUUGAGGUGGCUUUUCAUGCCUUAUCUGGAAUCUGGCCCACAGGUAGAUGACCCAGAGCAGGGAAGGGGAAGUGGUGUUUUUCUUUGGCAAGUUAUGACUUAAAAGAGCUCUAGUGCAAGUGAUUAUUAAUAUGGUUAUAAAUUGUCAGUAUUAGAAUAAUGUAAUCUAAGUAUGGAAGGUGCAUUGGUAUAUAAAAACUUGUUUUGUUACAUUUGACAGAAACCAUUUGCAGGAGGCGUCUGUCAGCUGGACAAAUCUGAAGAAGGUGGCUAUUCAUCAUGGCUCUUGGGCUGCAGCCCACAAGCACCUUCAGCUCCAUGUAGUCCCCUCAGCAACUGUGUCCAGGUUCUUAGUGAAAGUGAGGAAGAGGAGGAGGAAGAGGAAGCAGCAGUACAAGCGGCACGGCGACUAAAUUGGAAUUUAGCAAGCAAAAGGACACUCUUCCAACCAGACUUUAGCGAUCUGGAUCUAACUUUGAUUGAGGAGAACUAGGGGUUGGAUGUCUCCACAAGAAACUGACUCUGGGAUCAGCCACAAAGGGAGGCUGCACUCCUUGAUGAGGGAAGUGGGGUGGGUGCAGAGGGGAAAGUGGCGGUGGGACUGGUGGGGUUUUGUCUGCUUGUUUCUUUUUUAUUAAAAAAAAAGGAAAAAUGGCUGUAUAGAUGCUGUAUGUCUCUGGGAUGGAGUGAUGGAGUCCUGCCAGAGGGGUGUGUCCAUAUGUGGGAAAAACAGAGAACUUUGCCAAUAAUCCUCCCUAUUCCCAUAUCAGUUUUUUAGCAAGCCCCUUGGGCACCCACGUUUCAAAAUGGACUCCAUUACCCCAAAGGGAGAUAAUAACAUUAGUCUCUAAUACCGUAAAACUAUUGGGGGGGGGGGUGAAUUCUACUGUGACCUCAUUCCAGUGAAAUUAUUCCACAAAUUUGGUGGGGAAAAUAGGAAUCUCUAUAAAAAUGCUGGACGAAACAAGCAGUUGGAAAUUAAAUUUUGUUGCAGUGCUUUGUAAUACUCAUUCCCUCCACCCCCACUGGUAGUACCUACUUCCUUUCCGGUGGUAAGUAUAGAACUCGAGGAUUUUGCUGCUGUCCUCCUUCCCCAUAUCAGCCAAUCCAAAAGUCAAGACUUCAGUUUAAUUUUAGUUUCGUUUCUUUAUGAAUAUUAACAAGGAAAUAAUAAUAAUAAUAAUAAUAAUAAUAAUAAUAAUAAUAA